AGCCCGGGCCCAGGCGGGGUCCUCCGCCGGCUCGCCGAGAAGACCGAGGGGGCGUCUCCCCGGCUUCCUGCGGCGUCGGCGGCGAGCUGAGGUGGAGGCCGGCUGCGGCAGCGAGCGACACGCUGGCGGCGGCGCCAUGGCAGGGCUCGCAGGAUCCCUGCUGCCUUGGUGAUCCCGGGCUGACAGCCAGAAAGCAGAGCGGCUCAGCUCCCGGAGAGUGAGGGUGGAAGAGCGCGGAGGGCAGCUGUGUGCGCCGGCUCCCGUUAGGGCGGCUCCUGCAGCAGUGCCCGGCGGCCUUGGCGAGGCCCCGCUCAGCAGAGAUCAUGUAUUGCCUCCAGUGGCUGCUGCCUGUCCUCCUCAUCCCCAAGCCCCUCAACCCCGCCCUGUGGUUCAGCCACUCCAUGUUCAUGGGCUUCUACCUGCUCAGCUUCCUCCUGGAGCGGAAGCCUUGCACGAUCUGUGCCCUGGUCUUCUUGGCAGCCCUCUUCCUCAUCUGCUAUAGCUGCUGGGGCAACUGUUUCCUGUACCACUGCUCCGACUCCCCGCUGCCGGCGUCUGCGCACGACCCUGGUGUGCUGGGCACCUAACAGCCCUGUCAGCUGAGCAGGCAUGCAGAAGACGGGAGGGGAGGCGCUGACCUAGGUCCUAAAACAUUGGAGUUUCGAAUCCCGCAGCCCCGCGGGUGCCACAUUCCCAACGGCGCCUUUUUGGCCUGUGAUGUUAUCCUUAUAAUGUGAAUAACAGCACUGACCGGUGCUUCUGUCGUAGAGUCCUCUAGUCCGGGGUGGGCUUGUGUUUGUGUGUGUGUUCCGUUCCCACCUUGGCCCCAGCUGGCAGGAUGGUCACUGACGAGUCUGUGCCCAUCCUGUCAGCUGCCCCAGCAUGACCUUGGGCAGAUAAAAAUGCCAGUCUCCCCAUCACCUCCUGUGACACCCCCAGACCUACCCUGGCCCAACUCCGCCUUGUCAGUCUCCUUCCUUCCCAAGAGUGUAGUUCCGUUCCUGGUUCCCCUUAGUUAUCUUUGCCCCUUUCCUUGUUGGGGGAGCACCUGUCCAUGACAGAGCUCAUUUUUGCACUUAUCUCGAGUCUGAAGAGAUUGCUGAUGCCCGAGAGCCUCGCUUUUCCAUCCUCCUUUCCCUACUUGGCAGGCUAAACAGCCCUGUCUCAACCAUGCCCACGUGUCUGCAGGAUUUUACCCACUCCCUUUUCAAGAAAGAAGCAACCAAGGGAUGUUGCCCUCUCCCCUGGAGUUUGGGCUCCUGCUUUUUCACCCAGCCCCCAUUCACCUUUGCCCUGUGUCCUGCCUUCCUCCACCAUCCCCAGGAGGGGGGCCUCAUCCCAGGCCCCAUGCAUGCCCUGCGGGAUUGAGAUGUGGUGUGUUCGUGUAGCGCUAGUGGUCCCAGGCCGAGUGAGUGGGAGAACACGUGUGUUCAUGGCAGCCACAACCCCCUCGCUAGGAGUUUGGCUAUUUCCUGGCAUGCCAUGAGUGUGUCUGUGUGUAUAUGCGUACAGGUGCACGGGGAUCUUACUCCUUUUACAGAAGCUUUAUGGGACGUGUUCUGAUGUUGAGGUGUAGCCGUAGCUAGCUGUUGUAGGUGCCGCUGCAGUGUUUAUUGAGCAUGCGGAUUGCAGAGUGACCGGCACACUGGACUCCGAAGUGUCAGACGAGACGCAGGGAAACAGCGACCAGCAUCUUCCCACCAGGAGCCUUCUCGUUCCUGCGCAAGCUGACUGCACACUCUGAAGAAUACACAGGAAGACUGUGACUGUGACCUGCUGUUUUCUUUUUCUGCACUUCAGUACCAAGUGGCAGCCAACGGGACUCUUCUCCAGGCCUCUGCCCACUGGGGGCCUGUAGUGUGGUUGUUUUUCUGCAGGGAACUGUCCAUCUCUCUUUGUCCGAGGAGGCAGAGAGGAAGGGAGGCAGGGAGGUGGGUCAGAGAGUAGACAGAACUGGAGGCUGUCCAUCUAGGCAGCGGGACUGCGAAGCCACACUUGUGAAACAUUUGGACUGCUGUUCUGGAGCUUUCAUUUCUGAUGUGUUUGUUGCACAGCUGUUUGAAAUGUUUAAUAAAGCUUUAUAAACUUUA